AUGGGUUUAGGAAACCACACAUCUGUGAAUAAUUUUAUAUUACUUGGACUAACAGACCUUGUAAAGCUUCAAGAGACCCUGUUUGGGUUUUUCUUACUAUUCUACAUAACAAAUUUAGCAGGAAACAUCUCUAUCAUGGGGCUUACCAUUAAAGAUCAACGUCUGCACCGCCCUAUGUACUUCUUCUUGUGUAAUUUGUCCUUUCUUGAUAUCUGUUUCUCAUCAGUCUCGGUCCCAAAGAUGCUUGCCGAUUCCCUAUCUCUAAAUAAGACAAUCUCUUUUGUUGGUUGCAUCUGCCAAAUACAUUUCUUCCACUUCCUUGGAAGCACUGAAGUCUUGCUCCUCACCGCAAUGUCUUACGACCGAUACGUGGCCAUCGGAAAUCCUUUGCGCUACUCCAACAUCAUGAACACAAAGAUUUGUAUAAUGUUGGCUUUAGGCUCCUGGGUGACUGGGUAUUUCCAUUCGCUGUUGCACACCGUGAUGACAGCAAAGCUUCCAUUUUGUGGGCCAAACCUGGUGAACCAUUUUUUCUGCGACAUUAAGCCAGUAUUGAGGUUGGCUUGCACAGAUACAUCUCUCAAUCUCAAACUCUUGAUCAGGGUUACUGGAACGUUGGCCACGACAACAUUACUGCUAACUCUUCUUUCCUACAUUUUUAUUGGCAAGUUUCUCAUAAAGAUACGUACUGCUGAGGGCAGAAAACGUGCCUUCUCCACGUGUAGUGCUCACCUUACUGUUGUCUUCCUACUCUAUGGAACUGCCAUCUUCACUUACAUGAGACCUUCGACACAAGACUCUUUAGAUCAAGACCGAGCUGCUGCUGUCCUUUUCACUGUUAUAACCCCAGCUCUAAAUCCAAUCAUAUAUACGUUAAGGAAUAAAGAUAUGAAGAGCGCAAUUAAGAGGAUAAUGAAGAAGAUGGCGCUCUAA